AUGGAACACCACGACGCCGUCGCCAGCCCGACAGUAGCUGUGUUAGACGUGAAGCUUCCUCCCUUUUGGACCAGCGACCCGGCACUUUGGUUCGCCCAAGUAGAAUCGCCGUUCGCCGCCCGCCGCAUCACCGCCGACCACACCAAGUACCACCACGUGGUGGCCAAUAUUCCACCUGCCACAGCGAGCGAGGUGCGCGACAUUCUGCUUGCCCCACCAGCCGAAGAUGCCUAUCGAGUGCUCAAAGAGACACUGAUUCGCCGUCUCACCCCAUCGGAGCCGGAGCGCCUGCAGCAGCUGCUACGCGAGACCGAACUGGGCGACCGCCGACCCAGCCAACUGUUGCGCCACAUGCAGCAACUGGCGGGCUCCACAGCAAGUCUCGACAGUCGCCUGGUGCAGGAGCUUUUCCUUCAAAGACUGCCCGCAACCGUGCGGAUAGGCGUCACGGCUUCCGGAGAGACGGACGUUUCCAAGAUCGCCGAAAUGGCUGACCGACUCAUGGCCGUCACCACGCUAGCAGUUGCCACAGUGCUCGCCGAAGCUUCGCCCUCUCCCGCCUUGCUGGAGAUUCGUGAGGAAAUUUCCCGCCUCGCCGACACCGUCGCGGCACUACAGUCAAGCGGAAGUCAAAGCACACGGCGGCGUGCUACAGAACAACAGCGGCAGCUGUGCUGGUACCACCGUAAGUUCGGUGAUACUGCACGGAAUUGCGUGCCGCCCGUGCGAGAAAUCGGGAAACGCGCCGAGCCAGCACUGACGGCGACAAGUGCCACCGGCUCAGCGGAAAGUCGCCCGUCGGUCUUCUUCCUGACUGAUCGCGAGAAAGGCACCCGUUUCCUGGUCGACACUGGGGCAGAAGUGAGCGUGGUGCCGGCGUCGCCAGCCGAUCGCAAAGGCCAGUGUUCGUCACCGUUGCAAGCUGUAAAUAACACGACGAUACCGACGUACGGGCACCGCUCACUCUCGCUAGACUGGGCUUCAAGAGGACAUUUCGGUGGAUAUUCGUGGUAG